CUUUCUUUUCGACUCUAUAAUGCUCUCGUCGUACCCGAGUUGCGACGCCAAAUCAAUCUCUCUGGUCACCUUAUAAUAGAAAAACGAUCAAAACUCUGGCGGAAACCUUCGCCGUACGGUCUUUACUCUAUCGGCCUGGUUGUUUGCUCCGUUUGUUAGUCAGUGUUCGUUCGCCAUAGUUGCUCAAGUAUCGGAAACAUUUAUUUGGCUGCUCUAUUCUUCACUUGUGCUUUCGCGACCUUUGUUUGUGUCUUAUAAACUUUGCUCCAAUAGUAGAUCAGCAAGUCUCUUGGACAAAUUGAGGUGUUUUUUGUUUGGAUAUUGCAAAAACUGACUACUGUUCCAUUUCACAUUCUUCAUUUUGCUUCUUUCGCCUCCAACCUAUAGACUUUUUUUCAAUCCGCAAACAUGUCUGCUAUGUCUUUUGACCCUCUUCCUUCUUCGACGUCUUCCAACUCUCUCCGUCGUUUUUCGCUCCCGACGACCCUUUUUACCCCCAUUCCGGCCACUCUUUUCGAGCCUUCCCGGCAGCCUCGUUCCUCGGGAAUGCCUCAGUCUGUGCAACUCUUCCAAGAAAAACAUGCCACCGAGUUCGCCCAUUUGUAUGAAUAUGAUGAUGAGGCUGAGCGAGAGCGCCGCUUGCAACAAGAGCAACAGGUCCUGGAAGAGGCGAGACGUGUGGGAAGAUUGAUGAGGGAGAGCUUGAAAGCCAAAACCAAGGAACAGCUCGAAGUCAGAGUUGACACCCCCUUCCAACAAUCCAAUAAGAAAGGCAGACGUCCGUUGAGUUUAUUAUCGGAUAGACAGCUCGAAUUCCGGUCACCAGAAUUGGUCCGGGUCAGCGAAUGCGUCACUCCUCGUCCCGUCGAACGCACAAGGCUCAUACCUCCAUUGAAAGAUGAUAUGGAGCAUUUGACACCCGAUUUGUCAACACCCAUACUAUCCGAUACGUACUCUCCCGAUCCUACCAUCGUUACUCCUGAUCAGCGAGGCUUGGGUCUUGAAUUCCAACAAUCGUCCACCCGUGAAUCCAUCCAUGAAGAGCCGUCCUCCUCUUUAGCAAACACCUCUUUUCGGCACUCCACCUAUUCUUGGGCGAGUUCUUUUUCCGGAGAAACGGAAGAGCUGCGAGUGGCUGCGCAUUAUGUGCCCCCACAGACCCCGCAGGAGGAAGAACAGGACAAGGAUCACGGGGAGGAAGUUAUUGACACCCCUGAAAAGACCAAGCGGCGGAGGAAGCGGAUAAUAGCCAUCGCACACACUGUGCGACAGCUUGAAGGUAUCGGCUCUAGAGAGGUUGAGGAUCCUACGCUCUAUCAGAAGUUGGCCAAGGCAUGGAAUGAAAGACCUGGAUUUAUGCCGCAAGAACCGGUGUGGGCACCCGACGAGCAGUCAGCGGAAGAGCGAGCCCCAAAAGUUUCCACAAACUCUGGCGCUUGGCUCGCGCCUUCGCUCGCUAACGACCUCACUCAAAUCCAAUCCCACUCAUCCUCGAAUCCUUCUACUCUUAACGACUCGCAAAUAUCUAGUCCAUUCCGGUAUUCUUUUGCCUCGAGUGCCCAUGAUCUCGUGGAUGAUGGCGGAAUCGAGCGAGGUGCGCAGAUCUUGAGUGAAAAGGCUUGGUUAAAGACACCGUUGUACGGCCAUGACGCAUUUUUUGGCGCGCACUCUCCUUCAAACCCUUACCCCAAUUCAUCUUUUCAACCCAAGCCCAGAGCUAGGAACAGCGGAAACUCGUUCGAGGGCGCAGGAAGCAUACGGAGCCACGAUGAGAAGAGUGAAGAAGAGGUCAAGAUUGAAAGGGCAGAGCCUAAAAGGACGCUGAAAAGAAUCCAAACCGACAUCUCCAAAUUACGAGCCGAAGGCACAUUUGUUCCCCUCAAGCCUGAAGCAGAGGCCGGUCCGUCGGUGCCGCCUAUCUUUGGCCUCGGCUUCAUCGGUAAUUACAUGGUGUCUGUGGAUAACGGGCGUCGUCCUUUGGAGAUCAAGCCAGAGGAAUCGGGUUUUCAGCAAGGGGAAGAUGGGGUGGAGAUCAGGGAGGCGAAAAAAGGGUGCAAACAACAAGGCUCGAUUCAUUCACUCAGCGGGAUUAUUCCUCAGAGCACACGUCCGGUCGAAGACGACUCUAUGGAAACAAUCGACCUGACUCUCGCUGCAUCGCGCCCAGCGAGCUUUUACACCACCUCCGACGGUCGACGACAACAGCGCCAGCAGCUCACGCCCGGGAAAACAGACUAUCCGUUCUCGAACCACUCCCAACAGCCGGAUUGCUGGACCCCCUCGACUAUCUCCUUACCUCAACACAUCGAAUACACUCUGGGUCCUCCGAUCGAUCUGGGAGCCCCAGUUUCUAUUCCGGAUCGACUGACAAUGGGGAUAUGGCAAAAAGAGGAGGCGGAAGGGCCGGAGACGGAGGAGGGCGAGUGGCUCGAGGAUUUGGAUUCUUAUCGUUCCUCGGCGAUUUGCUCAUCCCCAUCCAUCUCCCAUCCGAGUCCCCGCCAAUCUCGCCUCCAAGUACGCCCAAAGUCUAUCCCGCCGACUACCCCGGUGAAGGAGCAAAAACACCCCAUCUUCCCCGACAUGCUGAAUACACCUGCGAGAAGAAAGGAGAGGAGAAAUGGAGAAGAGAGCGAGGACGAGCAUCGUUCGUCAGCGAAGAGGAGACGCCAAAGCUACGACCGCUUUUAUUACCGCGGUAUGUCAGCGGAGGGUGGGGAGGAUAUCGCGGCUGUGGGGGAGGAUACGGGAAGCGUUGCAGCGGGAAUAACGGACAGGAGCGAAGCCAUGAGAGCUGAAGUGGAGAAGGGACAUACACAAUCAGAAGCCGUCGCGCCAGUGACCCAGCCACACCCGACCACUAACUCAGACCUCGAGAAGGGCACCCUGUCACCUUCAUCUCUACCUCGUUCGCGCACUCCUCUUGUGUUCUUUAUCCUUGGCUUCUUUCUCCCCCUUCUCUGGCUUGUUGGUGGCUGGCUUCUACCCCAUUCUUCCACGCAAACUCCUGAAACGGAAACCAUCCCUCAAACCAUUACACAUUACUUGCCCCAAUGGCUUUAUCACUCAAAUUACACUGUUCUUGCUUGCCGCAUAGCAUCUCUAGCAUCCUUGUCAUUCCUUUUGAUAGCAGGUAUAACUCUAGCAAUCGUACUACCGCUUACUCUUUAGCCCCUACACGUGUCUGUUUUUGGUUUUCUUAUUGAAGUAGCAUUUUUUUUCCCCUUUCUUGGACAAUUCAUAAAAGUGCUUUUGGCAUUAGCAGAAUUGGAAUAUUUAUUACAAGGUCGUAUUUUCGAACAUAAAAGCGUCCUUUUUGAUAGUAGAUUCUACGUGCACCCGUGCGAUGUAUGCAGAGUCGACACUGUUUCUCGACAUGCU